AUGAAUCCAAACACGAAGAAGUUAUCUAUCGAAGAAUUUAAGCGGCUACAAGAAAAGAUCCAGCAGCUUCAAGCUCGAGUUGAUAGUAAGACGGAAACUAUAGUCAGACUAGGGAAGGAUCUCGAGGUAGCUCAAGAAGAAUAUCGGCUUGUCAAGGCAAGAUCCUUGACGCUGGAGAGGAAUCUGGAGAGGGUGGAACAGGAAGUUCACAAAUAUGCUGCAAAUGAGGUGGAUAUAAAGACCAGCUUCUCGAUUGAGAAGCAACGACUUACCGAUAUGGUCGACACUCUCACGAAAGAGUUGCACGAAGCACUUAAAGAGAAUGAAGAACUGAAGGCAGAAAAGUUCGACUUGCAAAAAGACUGCAAACUGUUUCGGCAGCGGAUUGCUAAGUAUGAGGUAGCAAGCCUUGACGGAGGUACAACAGCCAUAGUGGACGAUUGUUCCCAGAAAAGACCGACAGUGGAGUCAGGGGAGGACGAACUUGGCAAGUAUGAGAAACUAUACAAGGAAUUUAAACAAAUCGAAACCGAUCUACAUACUGUUCUCGGCAUCAAAGAAGAGCUGGUUCUUGAGCGUGACGCUUUAGUGAAAAAGGUGGAAAGGCUCAGUACCGAAAUGGCAUUCCUUCUGAAUGGCGAUCCUCGUCGAGUCGCAGAAGACUUGGACAGCCUUGUGGCUGAGAAUCGCUUUCUAAAAGCUCGUCUGGAUUCUGCGAAUGAGGAAAGCGAAACCAUGAAGGCGACACUCUCCAAGUACAGGGCUAUGACUGAAGCGAGGCCUUCAACAAGAGACCAGCUUGUAAGUCAGGACUCGUCACUUGGAGAGAAGAGCAGUGUAGCUGUUGUGAAUAUGAAGCAGAUACGCGAAUUGCUGUCUUCUCAUGCUAUAAAACUUGACGAUAAUGACUACAAAGCAAUAACAGCUAUACUACUGGAUUUGUGUAACGAUAAGCAAAUGGCCUUGACACAUCUCAGAAGGGCAAACAAAGUCCUCGGUAAUCGUGUUAAUGAAGUAGAAAGUCAUCUGGCAGUUUUGGAAGCAAAAUCAAGAAGUACGAGUCCAAACAAACAAGCACUGGAUAACGGCUAAGAUCAUCACAAAUCACAUAUCUCACCUAAUGCAGCACUUCUAAGAAAGUCGAAAUAAAUUAAUUAUGGACAAGAUUAUCAACAACAAGUAAGAUCAAGACUUUGUAUUUGAACUUCGAGC